AGAUUAGUUUCACGCACCCACUUUUGCGCUUCAACUAAAAAAACCGGUCACUCACACUCUCACCAACCCCGAGCUGAAACCUUGUAGAGAGAGAGAGAGAGAGAGAGAGAGAAUGGCAGAGUACGACGAUCUGACUGAGAAACCCAACGGCGUACGCACGGAGGCGAACGGGAAGCGGGGCCACAAGGUAGAACAACAAGACGUGACGCUCUACGGCGUCCUCCGCUGCCUGGUGGCGGAGGUUUUCUUCCCGGAUCCGGACGCCGGGUGCGGGUCGGACCCUUUCCUCCGCCGGAUCAAAGGAUCUCUCUCCGAGAACGUCCCGCUCCUCCGCGAUGCCUCGCGAAACUCGGGCCGCGACGUCUUCCUCUGGACCCGCCGCGGCAGCCCUCUCCGCGCCCUCCUCGUUGUUUCUGUUGGGGCAAUCGCUCUUCUGGCCUUAACCGGGCUGACGGUCUUUAUGCUUUUCUUUGUCGCAGCAACUGUCAAUGCCAUUGUAAUUUCUCUUCUCAUGUCUCUAGCAGCAGUAGGGGGGUUCUUGGCCCUUUUCUUUGCCUUCAUGACAGCCAUUUAUAUUGGGGCAUUAUCUGUAGCUGUCUUUGUCAUUUCCACUGCAACAAUAUCGGCCAUCAUUGCUGUUCUGAUUACUACAGGUUGGAUUGGAUUCUUCUGGACCAUAUGGCUGGCAACGAAGAAAAGCGUGGAACUUGCAAAGCAUUCCUUGACUGUGACUGGAUCAACAGUUUCUGCUGCUUACUCUUCCGCUCGGCAUGCCCGCCGCCACCAUCAUGAAAGUUAAAGUUUCAGGGUGAAAUAGUGCCGGUAAAAUUAGUAAUCUUGUUGAAUGUUGUGUAGAAUUACCUUAAUAGUAAGAGAGAUGUGCUACAGUAAUAUUGUUUGCUGAUGUGAUGCUGUUUCUUGUGCCUAUGGUAUGGGAGAAUAAUUUUGAUUCUGGCAGAUGUCUUUUGUAUUGGUGUUGUAUUUUGUCUAUAAUAAGGAAGCAUAUUUUGUCUCAA